AGUGCUAUGACUGACAUUUCGGCUGUCAUCUCUCUCCUACUUUUCGUCGUCUCAUCUUCCUUCUACCUCUUCUACUGGGUCGAACACCAGGCAGCAAACUUUCGUUCUGUCGUCUUCAAAUGUUUACCUAUCAUCUCUCUCUGUCUUCUUGUCUACUCUCAUCAAUCUCACGUUGACUUACAAUUUCAACGAGGAAUCUUGUGGUCAUUGAUAUUAUCUACUUGUGCAGACGGUAUUUUUAUCAAGCCAGCGAUGUGGACAGCAGUCCUCGGAACCGUGCUGUUUGCAAUAGCUCAGAUAGUCUCUAUGAUGGCAUUCGGGUUUGAUCCAUGGAGAUGGGAUAUGCUUUGUGUUAGUCUCACUGCCUGGUCUGCUUUUGUUUUUUACGCUAUUAUGAAAGCUCGUGCAAAGACUAGUCACCUAGACAUUGGGACUUACAUUUAUUUGUUCAUCCUGUUCGGCAUGUGUUGGAGAGUGGCUGCAUUCUGUGCACACAUAGCAAACGUAUCCUAUGUGUGUGAUGUUUUGGGAACUACCGGUCUCAUCGGAGCUCUGUCGUUUGUCCUAUCUGAUUUGAUCAUAGUAAUACAUAUUAUCGUCGUGGAGAUUCCUGAUCGGACUCACUGGGUGAUGGCAACAUAUUACUUGGCACAACUUGGUCUCGCUCUGACUGUCUAUCGGUCUGACUUCAGCUGUCUAAGAGGUGAAGUUAAGGAAACACUUGUUCAAUCAGACAAUACAUUUAUUACUAGUCCAUGACAGAAGUCAAAACUAUCAUUAGUGGUCAUGUUUCGUUGGUCUAAGUAGGUCAUGAUUGUUUAGCCUAAUUUGGUGACCAGAUUUCAAAUUAGGUUUAGUGGCUUGUGAGAAUUUUAUAACUACAGGUGUAUAUUAAUGAUACAUGUACUUGGUUGAGUCCAUGUGCAAACAAGAAAAUAUCAU